AUGAAUAAUCAGCAUAAAAGAGCAAGCCAACAAAACUAUCAGUCAACAAAAUCACCAUUACAGCCGUCUUCGACUAGUAAUGAGAAAGAAAGAGAUCUACAAGAUCAAUGCGACAAGAUCGCCUCACUUUUGCAGAAUCCAAAUAUCAAGCUACCUGAUGGCGGAAAGAAACUUAAAGCUAGAUUACAAGAACUACAACAAUUAUUGAAGCCGAAAGCGGCUGAUAUUACGAAAGGUGUAUCUCAUCUCUCCUUAGCUGAUAAUAAACGACCAAAUAUGCGGAAACAAAUUAUAAACCAGUCGAACGAGGUUUCUAAUGAAUCAAAUAUGUCUUCAAGUUUAUUAAAAGCGAAUGCCUCAAAAAAUGCAUCUUCAUCAAUGAGUGAUUCUGAGGAUAAUGUAACGCUUGGGAGGAAGACGCGUAUGUUAGGCUUAGAUGAGUCACUCAAACUGCAGGAAUCCUAUGAAAAGGAUAGAAAACUGGCGACCCUGAAGAAAAAGAUGGAACUUGUGCGAGAAAGCGCAGAAACGAGUAAAUCAACGCCAAGUGAAAGCUUAGCUGAUGAAAUAUCUUUGACAAUGGGUGGUUUGAAACUGGAUCCUGAAACUAGACCCCUACGACCUGACGAUGAUGACUCACUUACCGAAGAUGAGGACGAUGACGAUGAAGAGUUUUAUUCGGAGAAUGAUGAUGAGCCUCUCAGAGAUUUGGAGAGAUAUGACGAUGAAGGGUUUGAUGAAGCUGAUGAUGUGAUCGAACAAUAUGAGAAUAGUAACCGUAGAUGA